GACGGAAAGAAAAGAAAGCGGAAGGAUAACUUCCUAGUGCCUACUUCUGCCUGCAGAAUUCACUGCCCUCUCGUGUAACUUCCCAGCGCCGACUGCAGAUUAUCGGUUAAAUAUGAAUUGUUUAGGGUUCUCGUAAUCUGAUGAUGCAAUUUCAUUAAUUGGGUAAGACUAUUGGGUUCUGCUGAAUCGAGUUCGAUUGCUCUUUCUCACUAGGUGGGGGGUUGUAGCUCUUAGAUAAACUAGAAGAAGCAGUUGAAGAAUGAUGGAGCCCGGUCAGCCAAGCCAGGACGAACCGGCAUCGUGGGAUGAGCUCUGCAAUAUCAAUUUGGUUCCUUCAGAGUUGUUUUUCAAGUUCAGAAAGGAAAUUGAAGGGAUUCGUAUCGGUGUCAAUCUGGAGUUCUACAAUGCUCCCAUCAACGAUGUCCAGACUAAGCUUGUUCUGAAGCCAUUGUCAUCAGAGCGAAAAUGGAAGUUUAUAUGCGAGCCUAUCCGUCAGGAAAUCCGCAUCCAGUCCAAAAAGAUUCCUCUGACCAAAUUUCUAAACGUACAGGUUGGCAUAGGCCAUAGUUUCAAGAUGAAUGCACUUGCAUGGCAGUGGAAGCUUAACACAUGCCUGGGUGGUGAUGGUAUAUCCCGAAUCCGUAACAAGACGACACUCGGUUUGUGCCCUGGCCUAGAUUUCAGGUUUGGGUGGCGAGCAGAUUUUGUUCUCCCUGAAGUUACCGGGGCAUUAGGUAAGGACGAGUCGCUGUUCAACAUGAAGACCGGACGACUGGAUGCAUCAUUGGACAGGAUCGAGACGAUUAUAACCCAGACAACGUAA